AUGAACGUUGGUAUUGCACAAGGCGAGCGGAAUCCAAAUAGCUCAUGGUUAAAUAGCCGUGGUGUUUGGUUGACUUAUAUUAUUCUUGUUUUUGUUCUUCAUUUUAUUCUACUCAGUAUUCCCUAUAUAACAACAUCUGUUGCAUGGACUUUAACAACAACUAUUCAUAAUAUUUGUAAUUAUUAUAUAUUUCAUGUGGUCAAAGGUGCACCAUGGGAAACAAGUGACCAAGGUUUAGCACGUCGUUUUACAUUUUGGGAACAAAUUGAUAAUGGCAUUCAAUGGACGGGUACAAGAAAAUUUCUUCAAAUAGUUCCGGUUGUUUUAUUCUUUAUUGCAAGUUUCUAUACUCAAUAUGACAAGACACAUUUUAUAAUUAAUUUGGCAACAAUGCUUCUUGCAGUUGUACCAAAAUUUCCGAUAUUUUACGGUGUACGUUUGUUUGAUAUAAAUCGUUAUUGA